UGAUUCUAUCGAAUUCAAUUAGUGCUUCUUCCAGGGUCGUUGGCCGUCGCGGAUUUGUGGUUCAUUUCGAGGCAGCGUUUUCCUCGGAAAUUUCUGGUCUUAGAUGUUAUCAGUGGUGAAGGGUGACUGCCUUUACUUUGCAAGCGGGAAGACCCAGUGCGCCAAAGCGGGGGUUGACUCGUACAAAUGAGCUGUAUCUCUGAAGAAGCGAAACGUAGUGGGUGUUUUGUGGGCGAGCAUUCGUCGCGAAGGAAGGAAGAGACCGCUGGAUGCGUGCAGUAAGCAAUACUAUGUCAUCGGAAUAUGUUGUCAUUGUGGCAGCAGCUAGAACACCCAUUGGUAGCUUCCUUGGAUGUCUGAGUCAUUUGGAAGCGCAUGAGCUCGGGGCUGUCGCCAUAAAAGAGGUUUUGCGUCGAGCUGCUGUGGAAAUGGAUGAAGUUAGUGAAGUUAUCGUUGGACAAACCUUGACAGCUGGCAAAGGCAUGAACCCCGGAAGGCAAGCCGCAGCCUUAGCUGGUAUACCAUAUGAAGUCCCAGCAUAUACCAUCAACAUGUUGUGUGGUUCCGGUCUUAAGGCCAUAAUGUUGGGAGCCCAGUCUUUACGAGCCGGUGACGCAAAUGUUGUCGUUUGUGGUGGACAGGAAUCCAUGAGUCGUGCAGAGCAUACGAUGUAUGCCCGAAACCCAUCAAAAUUUGGCGACGUGACGAUUCGUGAUUCAUUGAUUAGUGAUGGCCUGCAGUGCCCGCUCGCCGACACACAUAUGGGCGUGACAGCGGAAAACGUGGCAAAAGCGUGGAACAUAUCCCGCAAUGAUCAAGAUUUCUUCGCCGUGCAUUCGCAACAGAAGGCGGCCAAAGCCCAGAAAACUGAGGUUUUUGAUGCCGAGAUCAUCUCUGUGGAAGUUGGGUCUGGGAAAUCAGUUCACAUGGACGAAUUCCCCCGUCCUAAUACUACAACAGAGAGCUUGUCAAAACUAAAACCAGCUUUCGUUACCGAUGGAACUGGUACCGUUACCGCGGGAAACGCAACGGGUUUGAAUGAUGGAGCAGCAUUCUGUGUGCUAAUGCAAGAAGCCGAAGCACGUAAGCGGGGACUUCAGCCUUUGGCAAGGAUAGUUUCAUACUCGCAAGUCGGCGUUAAUCCGCAGAUUAUGGGCAUCGCUCCUGUUCCUGCUGUUCUGGCAGCUCUUUCGAAAGCGGAUUGGACCACCGACUCCGUGGAUUUGUUCGAGUUCAAUGAAGCAUUUGCCGCGCAGAGUCUUGCUGUUAUUCGUGACUUGAGUUUGAAAGAGGAGAAGGUGAACAUUUGUGGCGGUGCGAUUGCUUUGGGGCAUCCUCUCGGCGCCUCUGGUGCAAGGAUCUUGACUACUCUUGUCUACGCCAUGAGGUCCCGCGGCGCCCGCCGAGGAGUUGCCGCAUUAUGUGUCGGUGGAGGAAUGGGCGUGGCGAUGUGCGUGGAACGACCGCCAGAAUUUGAUGGCUAA